CUCAGGAAUUGUGUGUCUAACAGAUUGUAUGGGGGUGUCUCCACAGUAUGUGGGAAGCUGAAGAUGGUUGGGAAGGUGUUUGGUGGCCGGGAUUCAUUGGCUGGCAAGUGGCCGUGGCAGGCCAGCCUGCUGUACCGGGACUUGCAUCUCUGUGGAGCUGUCCUCAUUGACUCCUACUGGUUGGUUACUACAGCCCACUGCUUCCAAAAGUAUCCCACAACUGCAGCUCUGGCUCCUCCAAUAUCCUGGAAUCUCCAGCACAACCCAGGCUUCACCUUCACAGCUUCAUAUAACAGCCUCUUUGGGCUUCCAUGCAGAGAUUCCCCUGCCACAUGCCUGAUGUCAUCAGCUUUUCUUAACAACAGAGAAAGAAUCCACAACCCUCUUACUUCUGUAUCCUCCACACCUCUAAAGCCAGAACCAUAUAGCUGAUGCCACCAAAUUCUGCUUCCUGUUUAGGAUAAAAUCUGAAAUGCAUUUGCAUAAGCUUUGAUUUGUUGUUUCUCUUUAGGAACAAAUAAUUCCAUAGCCUUUUUCUUUUCAUAAGUUGCAGGAAUAGCUGGGUGAGGUCUUACCCUGAGGACACCAUUCCCUUUACUACCCUCUCCCCAUUUUACUUAUGACUUUAAGCAUAAACUAAGUCUCCAACAUUAAAGUUCCUGGUGUUCUUUUUCUUCUCAAACUGUGUAUUUUGUAUUUUUGCCCUACUUGUUCAUUUUCAUUGUAUAUCUGUGUAAGAGUGAUCACAAAUAACCAAGUGAAAAAGUGAGGAUUAGGCUGUCUUGACAUUUCUGGCAAUUAAAUUAGCCUCAAGAAGAUACUUAAGGCAAGGGCAAAAAGUCGACACAUUCUUUGCCAAAAUACAGAAGAAUGGUCUAUAGGCCAAUUGCUAAUAUUGUUCCCCUCUGAAACCUC